UAAUGACACGACCCGUGACGUGGACCCAGGUGGCCUCGCUUGGUGAGCGUCCCCACCAGGUCUGAUCGCCACUGUGGCUCAGAGACUCUAAGCUGUAGCCAGUAUGAUGGAUGACAACACCGAAUUAAGGACUGAUGGAAACUCACUUUUAAAGGCCGUGUGGCUGGGGAGGCUCAGGCUGACCAGACUCCUCCUGGAAGGGGGUGCUUAUAUCAACGAAAGCAACGACAAAGGCGAAACGGCUCUCAUGGUGGCAUGUAUCACCAAACAUGUGGACCAGCAGAGCAUCAGCAAGUCCAAGAUGGUGAAGUAUCUGCUGGACAACAGGGCAGACCCCAAUAUUCAGGAUAAGUCUGGCAAGACCGCCCUCAUCCAUGCUUGCAUCAGAAGAGCUGGGGGAGAAGUGGUCUCCUUGCUACUGGAGAAUGGAGCAGACCCCAGCCUCGAGGAUCGCACAGGGGCUUCAGCUCUGGUUUACGCAAUAAAUGCAGAUGACCAGGAUGCAUUGAAACAUCUCCUGGAUGCCUGCAAAGCCAAAGGCAAGGAGGUGAUUAUUAUAACAACGGAUAAAUCAUCUUCAGGCACCAAAACCACCAAACAGUAUCUUAAUGUCCCUCCUUCACCCAAAGAGGAAGACAGACAGUCACCUCCACUGUGUGCAUCUCCCUCGGGUAUUGAACUGAAGGCUCCAGGCCUAGGCUCUCCACCCAGUGAGAAGGAAGAUGACUUCUUUAGCCUCCAGUCAGGGCAUCCAGGUGGUUCCAACACCUCCAAGGCUCCUAAUGAACCUGGGUCACUCACUAGGAAGGUCGGGAACCUCAAAAGGGCCCGUUUGCCUCAACUGAAGAGGCUCCAAUCUGAGCCCUGGGGCCUGACCGCACCCUCCGUGUUGGCCGCCUCUAUGCGCCAGGAUGAGAGCCAUGGCACAAGUGCAGACAGCGAGGUCAUCAAGAGCAUCAGUGACAUGUCCUUCCCCAAAAGGGGCCCCCUUUCCAGAACCAACAGUACUGAUGGCAAAGACCCCAGCCUCUUCCUCACGGUCACGGAGCAGGUUCUGAAGAUUCCAGCCUCUUCAGCACCAGCCUCGUGGAAGGCGGCCUACGAGAAAAGUCAGCCUCCCCGCUCACGUCUGGCCAGAAGAGGAACUCUCCCUAUUGACCAAGAGAAGGGUGGUAUUGGCCCAUCAGGCCCCUCUGCUCUCAAAGAUGCAGUGUCCCUCAAACGGCUGGAAGAUGACCUCUAUGAUUUAGAUUUACAGCCAGGGGCCGAUCCGCCCAACUCCAUUUCCCUUGAAUCAGGCAAAGGACCCUUAGAUUGGAAGAAGCUCAACAACUCCCACUUGUCUCUUUUCCAGGGUUCCAGGGAGGCCCUGGAUGCUGUGCCCUGCACAUCUCCCAGCUCAGUGCACCGCAGGCCACCCCAUCUUCUAGAAAGACGGGGGUCCGGAACUCUGCUACUAGACCGAAUUUCCCAGACCAGGCCUGGCUUCCUUCCGCCUUUAAAUGUAAAUCUGAACCCACCUAUCCCGGAUAUUAGAUCGAGCAGCAAACCUUCCUCUCCACUUGCUAGUGGUUUAAAAUCCAUGGUACCUGUUGCUCCAAGUUCACCAAAGAGAGUUGACUUGAGAAGUAAAAAGAAGCUCCUCAGAAGGCAUUCUAUGCAAGUUGAACAGAUGAAGCAGCUGUCUGACUUUGAAGAAAUCAUGACCUAG